CCACGCCGCUCGGCGGUCUGCCCAUCCUGGAGAUCAACGGAAAAACUUUCGUACAGGGCCUGGCUUUGGCAAGUUUCCUCGCCAGAGAGAACGGUCUGCACGGAAGCAACAACCUGGAGAGUAUGAUGAUCGAUCAGAUCGUUUUGUCUAAGGAAGACGUGCUGGUGGCCGAGGUCAAGGCCAAGUUUGAGAAGGACGAGGCAAAGAAGGCUGAAGUCAUGAAAGACUUGACCACAAACGUCUACCCGAAAUUCUUCGGUUUCUUCAUUAAAGCCAUCAAAGAAAACCCGGCAAAGUCUGGCUUUGUGGUGGGGAAAAAGGUGGGUAGACCUACAUUAAACAUGAACGUUUCUUCAAAAUGUCU